AUGUCUGCGCCUUCGCAAACUCCAGGUGCCCCUGCACCAGGUGGUUAUCAAGGGCCAGCAGCCACUCCUCCAGCUCCUGCACAGGCUGCCACCACAGCAGGGCAGACAGGCACUGCCGGAGGGCCAAUGUCGAACCAAAACCUCAACCAAAUCGUUACAGAUUAUCUGCUCAAGCGAGGCUUUAAUCGAACAGAAGAGGUGUUCCGCUCAGAGUCCAAACAUCUUGGACCCGAUGGCAAGCCGAUCUAUCAACUAGCCAACCUCGGUCCCAAGAAGUACCAGAGAGCCUUCGGCCUUCUUCGUGAGUGGGUAGAGAACAAUCUCGACAUCUACAAGUUCGAACUUUCCAAAUUACUCUGGCCUGUUUUUGUCUAUUCUUUUCUGGAGCUUGUUACCCACGCCUAUACCGAAGAUGCCAAGACCUUUCUCAAAGAUAUUGGUCCUAAUUUCCAACCAGUCCAUGCAGAUGAUCUCAAGACGCUUGCGACUAUUACACUGCCUCAGCACAUUAGCGAGAAUCCUAUGACAAAGCUUUACCGGGAGAACAAGUACCGGGUUCCUUUAAACCAGCAUGCCAGCGGUGACCUUUUUAACUUUUUGGAGCGAGAAUCAGACCAAGGAGGUUCUGUGAUCCGACAACUCUUGGCAACUUACUGUCAAGUUGAUUCCACCGCUCGUGGGCCUAUCACGCCCUUCAGUUUCGAAGCUGUGUACAGGAGGUCAAGAAAUAUGGAGGUUGAGAGUGUGGACACAAACGAGGGUAUCCCUGGUGUAAACAUUGGACUAUCCAACAAAGAUGUUCUCGAUCCGACAGCUCCCUUGAAGCUUGGGCCCCUGCCCAUGGAAGGAGAUCUUCGCGAGGAUGUGCGUGCAGAGCUCGAAGAAGAAGAGCGACGAAACCCCCCUCCUCCUGGCAAAACUUCACUAGUGGAAGAGUUUGACCAGAAGAUCAAGCGAGAGGAGAGUGCAGAUGUCCCUAGCAGAGCAGAGCUGCCUUUACCGCCAUCUCGACCGAGAGAUAUCAUGCUGGAGAUGCAAAAACUACGAGAAAAUCGUGACCGGUUCAAGAUCGAUGGUGCAACAGGAGGCGUAGGGGUGUCUAUUAGCGCAUGCAUGUUUACAUUUCACAACACACUCGGAAGCGUCUCUUGUAUGGACUUUUCCAACGACGGGCAGCUGGUAGCCGCCGGCACUACUGAGUCGUAUAUCCGCGUAUGGUCACUAGAUGGUAAAGCCCUCCCCACGAUGAACGCGCAUGAGAAGGACGCCAAGUUCAACAGCCGAAAGCUCAUCGGACAUUCUGGCCCUGUCUACGAUGUAUCCUUCUCUGAUGCUGUAUCCGGUCCACCGCAGAAGCUCUUUGGUGAUGAAGGAAAGUCAAAUACGGCAAUGGACACGCGGCCGAAGCUGUUGCUAUCUGCAUCAGCAGAUGGUCAGAUUCGCCUCUGGUCGCUAGAAUCUUGGAGCUGUCUGUGCUUGUACAAAUCUCACGAUGGACCCGCAUUCAGAACAUUAUGGGGUCCUCACGGACACUACUUUAUCAGUGGUGGCUACGACAAGGCUGUUCGAGUGUGGAUGCAAGACCACGCUUCUCCUCAACGCCUGUUGGUUGGACAUGACACGGCCAUCUCUACACUUGCGUGGCAUCCGAACGGUCUUUACGUAUUCUCGGCCUCCGAUGAGACCGACAAAUCAAUUCGUAUGUGGUCUGUGGUAACUGGCGGUUGUGUCCGUGUAUUUACGGGCCACAACGAGUACAUCAGCGCAAUGGAAUGCGCGCCAAAUGGCAAGAUCCUAGCAAGUGCCGAUUGUGCAGGUAAUAUUUUCUUUUGGGACCUUGCUAAGGGAACACGUAUCAAGAGAUCACGUGGCCAUGGUAAAGGUGGUAUCUGGUCACUUAGCUUCAGUGUUGAAUCCAACGUUCUUGCGUCCGGUGGGCAAGACGGCACAGUUCGACUCUGGGAUGUUGAGCUGCCUGCUGAUCCACAAAAGGCAAGCCAACAACAGACAGGCGAUGCAGCAGCAGCGGGGGCAGACGGCACGAAUACAGGGAGCACUGUUGGUGAAGCUUCUCGCGUUGCAGCUGGAACAACAGGACAGACGAGUGGAAGUGGUCCCACUGGAACUCACAAGAAGAAGAACAAGGAAGUAAUGGUCACCCCGGACCAGAUCAGUGCGUUCCCGACAAAGAAGACACCAGUGAUGAAGGUUAAAUUUACACGGAUGAAUCUGGUGAUCGUGGGAGGCUGUUACGACCCCGAGCGCUAG